CGUCAAACGACCACAACUUCAAGCAACACGCGAACAAUAUUUUCUUGCGAUACCCAAACUAAAAUCCAGCGAUCAAGAUACCAUCGCAGUCGCGCAACAAAAACAAUUCUGACAUCCUGCGAACAAACAAUCAAUACGUAAUCAACACCGCCGCCUAGCUUCAUCAACCGCAAACCGUCAAGAUGUCCCUCCGCAUCGUCCCCGCCGACUCCCACUCCUCAACCUUCACCCACCUCCGCUCCAUCGCCGCCCCCUCCGCUCCCGGGUUGCACGACACCCUCCGCUCAGGCCUAGCUCCCCACCCUCUCGACUCCGUCAAGUCUUGCUCCUCUUCUUCCUCUUCUGCUGGUACCGCAUCCGUAGUCCCCAUCUCCUCGCACCCGCUCGAAUCGCGCCUCAAGCAAUGGGAAGCCACGCGCGAGACCUUGCGCAUGGAGACUUUGCGCCGCACAUUCGGCAUGGCCGAGCCGAUUAAACGCCAAAUGGAGCUCAAGAUUGUGCGAGACGGCGAGUGGAAGCCCUUGGCUUUGGGCGGGGGUGUGGGCAUGAUGGGCGGCAUGGGCAAUGUACAUGAGGAGAUCUUGAUGGGACGGGAUGGGGAUAUCACGUGGGAGGAUGUGUACACAGGAGAGGAGAGUAGGGCCGAGGUGAGCGUGCAUGAGGAGAUGGAGAGGAAGUUGAGGAUUUCGGCCUAAGGCUUUGAUGAUAUACGGGGUGGCUGGUGUCUGAUGGGAUAUAAUGGACGUGUGAUGGCAAGUUGGGGAAUGAGUUGAAAGUUCCUUACAACUGCCCAGCCCAGGAGAUACUUUGAAAUCAGCAAUACGGCUAUUAGACAUGAACCACCCCUUUGGUGCUCGCACACAGGCACGCUGUUCGGGAGUACAUACAUCGGAUGUCGGGCAUACGGCAUCGCACUAGAAGCUGGGGUUCGGGGCCAUCUGUCAUCGUUUUCCUCACCAAGCUACACAAGCAGUCAUGGACAAUAGAGCGAACGUCAAAGAGAUUCUCAUCA